UAUAUAUAUAUAUAUUUUUUUUUUUUUAAUUGUACAUGAAACAGCGUGAAGUCUCUGACUUGCAGGUAGUCAUUUCUGUGGAAGACUGUUAGGGUAAGGUUGACUUGUGAAUUACCUUUGGCAAGACCCAAGCUGUGAAGUGUCAGUCAAAAUAAGAUGACUCAAGAAAUCUGACAUUUAUUUUUGACGUUUUUACUAAAGAGAUUUUACAUCUAACAAAGAUGUUUGGUGCAGUACUUGUCAAUGAAAAAAUGUGCAUGAAAACGAGUCGUCUCUCGUUGAAUGACAACAAAGACUUUAUUGAAGAAUCCCUACUGUUGACCAAUCAUUGACGAAGGGGCGUAGACUUCAACUCCGAACUUCGGCUUGCCUCCAGAAUUUGUUUUGUGUGCCAGAACAGCCAAAGAAACCCUCACCAAAGUCCAAAACAAAAACGUCACAAAAUAUUGUCAUAAUAUAUGCACGAACUCUACCAAACUGUUUCGGCUGGGAAGCAUGUGGAUGCCUUUACAGAGUAGAGAGGUUCUCUGAGUUGAGGAUGCACAGUGGCUGCUAUUGUGCUAAACCUCGCUGUGGGCCACUGUGCCAGUCUGUGCUGGGCUAAAGUACACAUACUGAUCUGCCUCUGUUCCAGACUUACUCGCUGUUCGACUGACUGGCUGUGACUUGGUGUGCUUUAUGUUUCGCAUUUGAACUGCAACAGACAGGCAAGGAGGUCCUUCCGGCCUAAAACUCGCUCUAUAAAGGAUAUCUUCCAUCUGCCUCAACCUUAAUGUGUGUACACAAAGGGUCAUAAGUUGAUCCAUAUGCGCCUACAUGUUUCCUGACCCCAGGCAGAGCCCUGAGUUCAUAUCAAUGUUUGGUUAUGUAAUUCUGCUAUCACUUUCAAAAUGACCUUUGAGACAUCAGGCACAGUAUAUUCACAGAAAUAUGAGCAUGAUCUCUUUUUAUUGUUAUCAUCAGUUGAUCUAGGCCUAUUCUACUGGCUAUUCAGGGGGAAAGGAGACCCUUUGUGUAGGUUUCAUUGCCAUUGUUCAAGUGUGAUUAUAUAGGCUAGGUUUCAUGGUCACUAAUGGUCUUAAGAUAUAGUGGUGGUGUUUAUCUCCUUGGUGAUUGACAGCAUUACUGGGAGGACUGUCAGUUAAAGACAAUGAGAUUGGAAGCGGAAAUUAGAGGUUUUGGGAUUAAGCCAUCUUUACGUACAAAGAUGUAGCCUACUGCUACGACAUCACAUAUCACUUCUGUCACACUCACACAGACCAGGCUGAACACGCAACUGAACAGGCUCACGACUUUCAGCAGUACAGAGACGCAGAAAGAUGAGUGAUGACACACACAGACAUGCAUAGAAAGCUAUUAUGUCCCUGAGUCCCAUGGAGUUGUGUGUUCCAAGUGAGGACGGCCAAUGAUCUGUGAUUCAGAGGACAAACGCAUACAGACCAGUAGUUCUCUGUGUGUCUUCUUCACUUCAUUUCUUUUGUUACAUUCUGAUGAGAGAAGUACAUUAAAAUAUAGGCCUAUCUAUUGGCUACAACUGGUGGUGUUGAAUAAGACUAUUUUGUUACAUGCUGAUUUCGGCUCUUUUUAUUUUAAGCGUUAUGAUUUACCUGAAGUGUUUAGUUAUUCUGUGCUGAUCCUAAAGGGAUUGUGGGGAUCUUCUUCCCCAAAUCUCCUUAAAGCUUGAAUCCUUAAUGCUGAAAUUGUCACGUCCAUUUGAUAUUACAACAACAAAGAACUUACUGAAAACAACAAACACUGUUUUUUCACUGCACGCUUGAUAGAAGAGCACAAUUGUAAAAAAAUAUAUAGAUUUUUAUUUAUUUUUUUACCAUAAUGCGUGACGCUCCUCAGCUCGGCAGCAAAAACAACAGUGGGGCAGCACCUACUGCAGAUUCCAUCUUUAAAGAUGGCGUCUGGGAUCUUAAGCACAACAAAUUCGUAACAUAUUGUACAAAUCGGAUUCGUAACAUAUCAUACAAAAUGGAUGACGUAGUACACAAUUGGAUGAUGUAGUACACAAAAAACGUGGACCCAUUUUGACUCGUGAGCACCACUUUCAACACUACUGGCUAAAAUUAUACAACGUUCUAGAGCAUCACUUUAAGAGUCUGUAAAUAAUGAUUAUUCUCUUUCUGUGUUUACUGUAGUGGAAACCGGGCACCAUCCCUCCGUUUUCUUAUUGUGCACUGAUUACAAGCUGUUCCGUGGAGUGUGGACACACUAGACAGCGACAGCCUAUGUGUCAGCAGCAGCAGGUGUCUGUCUGUUUAUGGCUGCUUGGUGUCUCUGUAGCUAGGUCUUGUUUUGGAACAAAGUUCAGUUCUCUGUGAUUGGGGAUCAAGCAAGGUGUGGCCCUGGCCUCUAUAUUGCAGUAGGGCCUCAUAUUUUAAUAGGAAUACCGGUAUACUCUGUGCCACUUUGUUGGUGUGUGUGCGGGUGUGUAGGAUAAACAUUCUGAUUUGAAUCCAAGGAAAUCCUUACAUUGUGGUCUGGGCACUGACAAAGGAAAGGUCAUCCUAAAUAUAGUUUGAAGCCAUAGUGACAGAAGUGUCCCUAAAGCAGGUCUAUUCAUUCAAGACUUGGGAAUGACAAUUAUGGAAAGAUUAGGCUGUAGGCCAGUUUGUUUUCCAACUUUUUCAGUGGGGAUCACUUUUUUUUUUACCAGAAUUUCUGGGUACACCUCCCCCACCCCAAGAAUUAAUCGCAACCCCUCCCCAAAUCUAAUGACAACCUUUAAAAUUGGUACAUUUUGAAUUUUACAUCAACAAAUAAACUUAAAUUCAUUACAUGUUCAUUUUUUAUCAAAAUGAAAAGAAAUCAAAACAUUUUUCAAAUUCUUUCUUGUAUAUUGUCUCAUUAAUUUGUUUUAAAUGUUGGCGACCUCACUGCAGUUCGUCACAACCCCGACUUUGAUUACCACUGCUGUAGGCUGCAGUAAGGUCACAACACAGUGGUCUCUGUAGUUUCACAACACAGUGGUCUCUGUAGUUUCACAACACAGUGGUCUCUGUAGUUUCACAACACAGUGGUCUCUGUAGUUUCACAACACAGUGGUCUCUGUAGUUUCACCAUAGGUAUACUUGAAUGUAGCCAAAAGUGCCAUGCCAUGUGUUUGUGAUGCCAUCUUUCCUGUCCAUGUUACAAGAUAUUUGAUGUCUUUUCCAGUCCCAGACCUGGUCCCCUCUGUUAGGUCUCUGUGACUGUGGAGUGGUCUCCGUCUGCGCUGGGCCUGCCCGUAAGCAACUGCUCCCUCUAUCUCCCUGAGUGCGUCUAGUUGACCUUCCUCUCAGCGACUCACAGGCCAGGCUAAAUAAUGGAUGAGGUGCCUGGAAAGAGCGGCUGAGCGUGCUGUGCUGAAGUUGAGGGGGCAUACGCAGGGCAGGCAGGGUGUCAAUCAUUAAUGAAAGGCGUCCCAUCUCCGGUUUCCCUGGGAUGUGGGAGUGAAGAGCGGAGGAUAAGGAGCGACAUCUUCCAGAUAACAGGCUUAGGAGGGUAGCCUGGCGGUUAAGAGCGUUGGGCCACUAACCGAAAGGUUGCUGAAUCGAAUCCCCAAGCUGACAAGGUGUCAGGGGAGGGAGUAGAAUGUUCUGUAUUCUAAGAAGCACAAUGGAUUCUUGAGACGCUUUGAUGCCUGACUCUUCCUGGUUCCUGAAGCACCACCUGCAGUGGCCUAUUACAGGACUAGAAAUGAUCCAAUUCCCAUGCAUCCCCCACCUCUGUCCAACCCCUGCCCUUACAUUCUCUCAUACUACUGCACUCUAAAAACAAGCUCUAUGCAGUAUUAGUCCAAAUCUCUGUUUAUAUUUUAUUCUCACAUUGAACAAUGUGACCUGGUUCCUCUUAGCUGCUGAGUUUGUACUCUAAGUAACCACCUCACUUCAAGGUUUGCACCACAGCUCUCAGUAUGGACUCCCGCCCGGGGACUUCUGUGUUGGGUCCACUUCCCAGAGAGUGUAGGCCUAACCAUCAAUGGUUGCAUUGCUGGUACUGACGGGGGCAGAGGCGAAGUAGUGUCACUGUUUUGGUCCCCCUCCCUCCAACCCAAAGGAAUACAGGAAGGAACACAGGAUUUAAGGACAGAGAUGUGGUUCAAAGUAAUCUGGAUGGAUUUGUUCCAGCAGGAGAUGUUCCAUGAAGAUCUAGAGUAAGAACCAGUUGGUUCUCAGCUCUUGAAUUUCCAUACAUAGUCUUUAAAGCAUAUAGACCCAUGGAAGAGAAAUUGAUUCUCUGUUACUCACACAAAGAAUACCGACUUGGACCUUUACACCUUGGAGAUGUCUGCCACCUGACCUUCCAGCAGCUUUGAUUAUUUUUGUGUUCACUUUCAUCUGAUAACAGCCAGAACCAGAUCAGAACAGUGAAACGGGAGGUGUAGGAAGUCUGAGGUGGGCGGUGGUGUGGCAUGGCGGAGCACGGUGAGCUGCUCGGUGAGAUGGCCACGGUUGGGCGUCUGAGUGCCACGGAGCGCCUGAAGCACGCCCAGAAGCGGCGCGCCCAGCAGCUGAAGGGCUGGGCCCAGAUGGACAAGGAUGCUGCCCGUGGCGGGGGCAAGGCCGGCCAGAACAAGGGGCGCACGCGCAGGGUGGUCUUCCCCAACAACAUCACCCUGCUGGAGGCUGCAGCUCGCAAUGACCUGGAGGAAGUGAGGGUGCUGCUGAACGGUGGAGUCAGUCCAGAUCUGUACAACGAGGACGGACUCACUGCCCUGCACCAGUGCUGCAUUGAUGACUUUGUGGAGCUGGUGAAGUGUCUGUUGGACGCCGGGGCCAGUGUGAACGCCUGUGACAGUGAACUGUGGACGCCCCUCCACGCUGCUGCCACCUGUGGACACACAGCCCUGGUGCAGCUCCUGGUGCAGUCUGGUGCAGAGCUGCUGGCGGUCAACGCUGAUGGCAACAUGCCCUAUGACCUUUGUGAGGACGAGGCCACGCUGGAGCUGCUAGAGAUGGUCAUGGCAGAGCAGGGUAUAACCCAGGACCGUAUAAACCAGUGUCGUGGGGCUAAGGAGAUGGAGAUGCUGACGGACCUUCGAGCGCUGGUCCAGAGUGGUGCGGACCUGAACGCUCAGGAUGACAACGGGGCCACACUGCUGCACUUAGCGGCAGCUAACGGCUACCUGUUGGUAGGGGAGCUGUUGUUGGAGCACCAGGCCAAAGUGGAGGAGAAGGACACAGACGGCUGGACACCACUCCAUGCCGCCUCCUGCUGGGGACAGGUCCAGAUGGUGGAGCUGCUGGUGGCUCAUGGGGCCAGUCUCAACACCAAGUCCGUCCUGGAAGAGACGCCGCUGGAUGUGUGUGUGGACGAGGAGGUGAGAGCCAAGCUGAUGGAGCUGAAGCACAAACACGACGCCAUCAUGAAGAGUCGGGACCGACACAAGGGCACCUUGCAGAGACGAGCCUCCAGCACUGGCAGCAGAGGUAAGGUGGUGCGGCGUGUUAGCAUCAAUGAGCGUUCCAGCCUGUACCGGCGGGAGCACCACAAGGAGGCCAUGGUGUGGCAGGAGAGAGGCCGGCAAGCCGAGCCGCAGGACGACGACGAGGACAGACAGACGGACAACGAGCUCCACCAGCACGUUGCCAUGGCUGCAGGUGCCAUGUCGAGGGGGGAGGAUGACGAGGGAGGGGAGAGGAAGUUCAAUCUGGGGAACGGUGGGAUGCCCCUGGCCCUGUCGGCGUCAGUCCCAGGGGAGCAGUGGAGCGGAGGCCGGAUGGACCGCAGUGCCUCUUACCAGCUGAGCCCUGCCUUGGGGACCGGGGAGGCAGGGGACAGCAUGACCCGGGAGAAAUCCCACCAGACACUAGCGGACCUGAAACGCCAGCGGGCCGCAGCCAAGCUCAACAAGUACCCAGCCCCACCCCCACCCCCUCCAGAGGAGAUGCCCCCUUCUCCUGCCCCUCUGCAGGAGGUGACCCCGUCCGGAGCCGCCCAGGAGACACCCAGCACAGAGGAGGUGGCCUCCCCCAGCACUGUGUACUUCACCCCAGCCAGUGGGGACCCGCCCCUGCUCAAACUACAAGCCCCAGAGGAGGACACCUCCAACAACACCAAGGAGCCCUGCUGUGGACUCAUGUAGGGACAAACACUUCCAAGCACCCACUGCCUGACUGGAAUUUAAAGUGGGCGAUGUGUAACAAUCAAAAAUGAUUUCAAAACAAAACGCUACGGUGACGACCAGAUAUACUUUUUAAGGAUUCAUUGCAGUUGUAUUUAUUGUAAGUUUAUUAUUUGGUUCCGUUAAGCACCUACUUCCAUCAAUUACAUGCCAUUGAAUGUUUGGUCUACUCUCCAUUUUGGUCAAUGUAGUUUUACAUUCCAUCUUCUUGCACGGAUUUAUUUUCAGCAGUCCUUCCUGAAAUGUCUAAAACAAGAUUUAUCUAAUGGAGGGAAUGUAAAACAUUUUCCAAUGUAUGAGCACUUAACGCUCUUAACGCUCCUCAUUGCUCCUCUGUUGAUAAGGGCGUGGCCAGAGCCAUAGAUUUACAUACAUGGAUAUUGCUCUGCGUAUGUCUAUAUGGACCUCGUAUAGAGAUCUUAUGUGUCCACCUGGUGGCUUCUAAGAGAACUACAGAUUCCAGUAUUACUCUUUCAAUAGCACGGAGUACUUUCUUUCGUUUAAUUCCUUUUUUCCAUGUUUGUUUGUGGCAGUUCAAUCAAAAGAGAGAGUUUUCUCAUAUCAAGCAUAUUAUAUAUGAACUAGCCAUAUGACUGAAUUAGAUUUGCUCAUUUAAAGCAGAAAGGGGCUAGAGAAGCGUGAAUGAACCAAAGCUGAUUAUUUAACUUUCUUUUUUCAAGCUGAUAAUCGGACCAAUGAAUGAUCAUGUUCUACUCAUGAUUGACUGAGCAUGACGUGAGAUGUGCACAGUAAAUGGAUUUAAGAGAAGGACAGAUUAGGAUCGAGAGUGAUUGUUACAAAAUGGUACAUAAUAAUGGCAUUUGUUGGUGUUAUUUGUUUUCCAUACACACUCACACCAGUCUGUCUGUUGACAGGGUACAGAAGUGGGAGUGUUUGUAGAUGAUGGUUUCUCUUUCUUGUUGGUUUGAAUUUGCAUCAAAUUUACACACGUGUAGACAAGUGCUAUUUCCCUGCCUUUCUACUGAUCAGCAUUCAGCACUGUUCUCUAAAUUCUUAUUUGUUCGUAAAUCAACCUACUGUUCCAGUGCACUAAGAACCUACAUUUUCUACGGUGCAAUUUGUAAACAAGGGUUUUGUUUUCUAAAUGAUUGUAAGAGAUGAUCUAAUAUUCAAAUUAAUAUAAAUUGUGUUUUUGUCAUGGUGUUUGUCCCCCCUCAAUAUAAAUUGACUUCUUAUAGGCAUUUCUAUUUAAACUAUUUCUAUGCUGUGAAUAGGGAUGUACACAGUGUACAAAACAUUAGGAACACGUGCUCUUUCCAUGACAGACUGACCAGGUGAAUCCAGGUGAAAGCUAUGAUCCAUUAUUGAUGUCACUUGUUAAAUCCACUUCAGUCAGUGUAGAUGAAGGGGAGGAGACAGGUUAAAGAAGGAUUUUUAAGCCUUGAGACAUGGAUUGUGUAUGUGUCUAUUCAGAGGGUGAAUGGGCAAGACAAUAUUUAAGUGCCUUUGAACGGGGUAUGGUAGUAAGUGCCAGACGCACCGGUUAGAGUGUGUCAAGAACUGCAACGCUGCUGGGUUUCACGUUCAACAGUUUCCCUUGUGUAUCAAGAAUGGUCCACCACCCAAAGGACACAAUUGUGGAACGCAUUGACGUCAACAUGGACCAGCAUCCCUGUGGAAUGCUUUUGACACCCUGUAGAGUCCAUGCCCUGACAAAUUGAGGCUGUUAUGAGGGCGAAAGGGGGUGCAACUCAAUAUUACGAAGGUGUUCCUAAUGUCUUGUACACUCUGUGGAUAUUAAUGACAUUUCAUUUUUGUGUCAACACAAUUUGGGAACCCAUCCCUUACAGGAUUAUUUCACACACAAACUACAAUAAUUCACAGUGGUAGUUCUUCCGGUGUUCUGUACAGUGUGCACCUCAUAAGGAAUGAAAAAUAAAUCAAAACAAAUAGUAGAUACGGUUAUCCAAUCAAUAAUAACCCUAGGGCAGUAAAAAAUGAAAUAUAAUACUGAAAAAUGUAUUAUAUUUUUGUGUAUGGAGUAGAUUGACCUCAACCAUUCCUUUACAACAAACCAUUCCUGCCUAGAAACCAGGAUCUUCUACAUGGCUGCCUUAAUGAAAUGAAGGGGGCAUCAGAACAACUGACAGACCAGCUUGGUUAGCCUUGUCAAUGUGAUGGUUUGUCAACAGUAAGUGCCUUCUGUAGGGUUGAUUGGCUAAGUGUAAAUAGUUUGCAUUGCUUGCACAAAGUUUCACAUAGACCGUGUGGAAUUCUGAUUGAUGUGAAGUAUGGGACUAAAUGCCUUUGACUCUCUCCUAAAUGUACUACUGAAAUGUCUCCUUCCAUAAUGGAACUCAGUCCUCAAUUACACAUUUACAAUUGUUUGUUUUAAUGUAGACCAUGAUUUGUACGGUUGUUGCCUGUUUAAAAAGUUUAAUGUUUUCACA